UGUUUACAACAGGUUGUGACAGUCGACGUCUGAUAGAGUCAACCCUGCUCCGACAGUUUGAUUUCAGUACAUGUGGCGUCCCAGCAAUUCAAAACGUUAGGACAGAGGCCCGUAUAAAUCACAAUCAAUAUAAAUUGUUCUGUUCGCUCUUCUUUCUUACCAACGGAGCAUCGGACUGCGAAUGCCAUGUUGUCCUGCUCGGCGAAGAGAGGCUUAACGACAGGAGGGACACAAUGGGUUAGAAACCUUGUGCAGGUGGCAGGCAGACGACACCUCCCCGGAUCACGUAACAAGAAAUUUCCAAAACAUCUCCAGCCGUGGGAUCAACAUUUUCCGCACAGACUCCAAGUCGAAGACAAAAUCCAGUCAGAGGACGUGUCUUCAUUCGCAAGCCGAUUGCGACCGAAAUUAGACGGACUUCUUCACACGCACGGCGCUGUCCUCCUCAAAGGUCUUCCUAUACAGUCUGUUGAGGAUUUCUCUUGCUUUUACACGGGUUUGGGGUAUGAGCUAAUGACCUAUGUUGGUGGGAGUGGUUUCAGACAUUCAGUGGCUCCGAACGUGUUUACAGGGAGCGUGGACCCACCGGAAUAUACGGUUGAACCCCACAACGAAAUGGCGUAUCUUCCGUACUGGCCUCAUUUGAUCUUCUUCUACUGCGAAACCGAAGCAGAGCCUGGUUGCGGUGGAGAAAAUGGUCUGACGGAUGUGAGGACAGUUUACGACCAGCUUGAUCCAGAGGUGAAGGAGAAAUUCAACCGACUCGGUGUGCGAUACUGGCGCUACUUUCCCGCGGAAUCCAGGCCGAAUUAUCCUAGCUGGAGGGAGUCGCUGAAGGUAGAGACUCGUGCUCAAGUGGAGGAAAUGGUCACAAAAGCGGGGAAUUCUGUGUCAUGGGACGACGAUGGGAGUCUCUGCUUCUGGACGGACCGGCCUGCCAUAUCUCCUCAUUAUCGAACUGGUGAGAUGCUCUGGUUUGGCCAGAUCCCCGGGCAACAUUGGACCUGUUUUGAAGACUACCCAGGUCUCUGGGACAAGUUGAAGCACCUGCCGGAGAAGCAGUUUCCAUUCACCACACUCUACGGGGACGGCUCAGUCAUCGAGUUAGACGUGAUGGACCACUUACGAGAAGUCACGUGGAAGUGUACGAAAGGGAGCCAGUUGAAACAGAAUGAGGUGUUGGUGUUCGAUAACAUGCUUUUUUCGCAUUGUAAGAUGGGCUUCACUGGCCCUCGGCUUAAUAGGACCAGUAUGGCUUGUUACAAGGCAACUUAGUAAGGUUGUAACUUUUGAUCACAAAGAAGAUUAUCCGAAUGUAGUCAUCACUCGUAUUGCAAUCCUUUCGAUGAAAGCAGAAUAAUUCAGUGUUAAAAAAAACGU